GUCAUAAAAGAGGGGAUGCUGAUGAAGCAGACGAGCUCCUUCCAGCGCUGGAAGAGACGCUACUUCAAGCUGCGCGGACGGACGCUUUACUAUGCAAAAACUGCCAAGUCCAUUAUUUUUGAUGAGGUGGAUCUGACAGAUGCCAGCGUGGCAGAAUCCAGCACUAAGAAUGUCAACAACAGCUUCACGAUUAUCACUCCAUGUCGGAAGCUCAUUCUUUGUGCUGAUAACAGGAAGGAGAUGGAGGAUUGGAUUGCAGCACUGAAGACUGUACAGAACCGGGAACACUUUGAGUCUACCCAGUACAGCAUGGACCAUUUCUCAGGGAUGCAUAACUGGUACGCCUGCUCGCACGCRCGGCCAACGUACUGCAACGUGUGUCGGGAGGCGCUCUCCGGAGUCACGUCGCACGGGCUCUCCUGUGAAGUGUGCAAGUUCAAAGCGCACAAGCGCUGCGCUGUGCGGGCAACCAACAACUGCAAGUGGACAACGCUGGCCUCCAUCGGGAAGGAUAUCAUUGAGGAUGAAGAUGGGAUCUCGAUGCCCCAUCAGUGGCUGGAAGGAAACCUGCCCGUGAGCGCCAAGUGCACCGUGUGUGACAAAACGUGCGGCAGCGUCCUGCGCUUGCAGGACUGGCGCUGCCUCUGGUGCAAAGCCAUGGUACACACAACAUGUAAAGAGUUGUUGCCAACUAAGUGCCCUCUCGGGCUGUGUAAAGUAUCUGUUAUCCCUCCUACUGCUCUCAACAGCAUCGAUUCAGAUGGUUUCUGGAAAGCUACUUGUCCCCCCUCUUGCACAAGCCCUUUGUUGGUCUUUGUCAACUCAAAAAGUGGAGACAACCAGGGAGUAAAGUUUCUACGAAGAUUCAAACAGCUACUGAAUCCAGCCCAGGUCUUUGACCUCAUGAACGGAGGACCUCACCUUGGUUUACGCUUGUUCCAGAAGUUUGACACCUUCCGGAUUCUCGUGUGCGGCGGGGAUGGCAGCGUGGGCUGGGUGCUCUCCGAAAUCGACAGCCUCAAUCUGCACAAGCAGUGCCAGCUGGGCGUGCUGCCCUUGGGAACAGGAAACGACCUGGCACGCGUGUUGGGCUGGGGCUCCGCCUGCGACGACGACACCCAGCUCCCCCAGAUCCUGGAGAAGCUGGAGAGAGCCAGCACCAAGAUGCUGGACCGGUGGAGCAUCAUGGUGUACGAAACGAAACUCCCUCGCCAGGCCUCCACCUCCACAGUCACUGAAGAUUUCAGUGAGGAUUCAGAGGUGCAGAAGAUUCUCUUCUAUGAAGACUCCGUGGCUGCUCAUCUGUCCAAAAUUUUGACUUCUGACCAACACUCAGUGGUCAUCUCCUCAGCCAAGGUGCUUUGUGAGACAGUGAAGGAUUUUGUGGCUCGAGUAGGGAAGGCUUAUGAGAAAGCAACUGAAAGCUCAGAGGAAUCGGAGGUCAUGGCCAGGAAGUGCUCUAUCCUGAAGGAGAAGCUGGACUCCCUGCUGAAGACGUUGAACGAUGAAUCUCAAGCAUCUUCAUCUCUGCCAAACCCUCCUCCUACCAUUGCAGAGGAGACAGAGGAUGGUGAUGGCUCGGGCAGUGCUUGUGAUUCCUCCAGUGACCGCUCUGUGGCCUCGUCAUGCACUGCACGGCCCCAGAUAUUUCGCCCCCGUGAGCAGCUCAUGUUGAGAGCCAACAGCCUGAAGAAAGCCAUCCGUCAGAUUAUAGAGCACGCAGAGAAAGCUGUGGAUGAGCAGAACGCCCAGACGCAGGAGCAGGAGGGCUUCCUCCUCAGCCUCUCGGCCCCUGAGGAGAGCAAGGAGCUGCGGAACGAGGACAAGAUCUCGCUGCAGUCGUCGCACAGCAGCAGCUGCGGCGUGUCCAAGGGCAGGAGCCAGCGGAAAGUGUCCAAGUCUCCUUGCGAAAGGCUCAUAAACAAAGGAAGUUUGUCGCUGGGCAGCUCUGCCUCUCUUCCUCCCCAGACAGGAAACCGGGACAACUUGCCAAUGCUGAACACAAAGAUCCUCUACCCAAAUAUCCGUGCUGGCAUGUCUGGGUCUUUGCCUGGGAGCUCUGUCAUCAGCCGCUUACUGAUUCAUGCUGAUCCCUUUAACUCUGAGCCUGAAAAUCUUGAAUGUUACACAGAGAAAUGUGUCAUGAAUAACUACUUCGGAAUUGGAUUGGAUGCAAAGAUUUCUUUGGACUUCAACAACAAACGUGACGAGCACCCAGAGAAAUGCAGAAGUCGUACUAAAAACAUGAUGUGGUACGGAGUACUAGGGACGAAGGAGCUGCUGCACAGAACAUACAAAAACCUGGAGCAGAAAGUCCUGCUGGAGUGCGAUGGGAGACCGAUCCCUUUGCCCAGUCUCCAAGGAAUUGCUGUACUCAACAUUCCCAGCUACGCAGGAGGCACAAACUUCUGGGGAGGUACCAAAGAAGAUGAUACUUUUACAGCCCCCUCCUUUGACGACAAGAUUUUGGAGGUGGUAGCAGUGUUCGGAAGCAUGCAGAUGGCAGUAUCCCGAGUGAUAAACCUGCAGCAUCACCGGAUUGCACAGUGUCGGACUGUGAAGAUAGCAAUCCUGGGAGAAGAGGGAGUUCCUGUGCAAGUGGAUGGGGAAGCCUGGAUCCAACCUCCAGGUUAUAUYUGGAUUGUUCACAAGAACAGGGCGCAGACACUGACCCGCGACAGGGCGUUUGAGAGUACCCUGAAGUCCUGGGAGGACAAACAGAAGUGUGAGUUGUCCCGACCCUCCUCUUUCUCUCUGCAACCAGAGAUCAUGUCUGAAGAAGAGUCCACCCAGAUCAACCGCUUUGGCCAGGCUGCAGGUGCUCUGAUCCACAGCAUUCGGGAAAUAGCACAGUCCUACCAGGACAUGGAACAGGAGCUUGCCCAUGCUGUCAAUGCCAGCUCCAAGUCUAUGGACAAAGUCUACGCUAAAUCCAAGUCUACAGAGGGUCUGAACUGCAGCCUCGUUGUAGAGAUGGUGAACAAUGUGAAAGCCCUGCAUAAUGAGACAGAGCUGCUGCUGGCAGGCAAGAUGGCUCUGCAAUUGGAUCCCCCACAGAAAGAGCAGCUCCAAGCAGCCCUGGCAGACAUGGACCUCCAGCUAAGGAAGCUGGCAGACAUCCCUUGGCUGUGGCAGCUCAUGGAGCCCUGUGAUGAGGAGAACCAGAUGCUGGAUUAUUCGAAACGCAGCCGCAGUGGCAAAUUUCGGCUGGUGACCAAGUUUAAAAAGGAGAAGAACAACAAAAAUAAGGAGACUCAUAGUAGCAUGGGAUUGCCGGUUCACCUGUGGGGAACGGAGGAGGUUGCGGCCUGGCUUGAGCAUCUCAGUCUGUGUGAGUAUAAGGAUAUCUUCAUCCGGCAUGACGUCCGGGGCUCUGAGCUCCUGCACCUCGAACGGAGGGAUCUCAAGGACCUGGGUGUGACCAAAGUGGGUCACAUGAAGAGGAUACUGCACGGGAUCAAGGAGCUGAGCCGGAAUACUCCUGCCAGCGAGGUUUAGCCUCYGUUUUCACAGCCUGUGUCUACCAUUCCCCCUAACUGCACAGCAGUCACCUCACGGAGCAGAUGUGCUCACAACUGUGUCUACCGAGCAGCGUGAGCGGCUGCUCGGAGCUCAUAUCAACCAAGYGUGGUGCUACCUUUACCUGUGGGGUACAGCUGCAUCCAGGGGAGAGGAGCCUCGUCCGYGUCCCCGGAGCCUCCCGGAGGAGACCUCGCUCUGAAGAGCCCGGCGCGUGUGCGUGGGAAGGGCUGCUUCUGCCAACACUGUUGGACUCCUGAGAAUUGCAACACAGCUACCUUUGCUGGAUAAUUGCGUCGCAGUAGAAUUAUUCAGUGCAAAAGAUACAUGGGCCAGUCUUAGUUCAGGAGCAUCUGGCAGUCUUUUCAGACCCCAAACUUUCUCACUCAUCUGUAUGUCACACCUGURUCUUGAGCAGUGAAGGGGGACAGAGCUUGUCCUUGUGUCCUACCGCAAGCCCCUCCUUCACACACCUGGGGUUGUGCAGGGUUUGCAUCAGAAAUUCAAAGCCCGUGCAGACCUCCUCUUGCCAGUGAGUACCCGCGGUUCUCCCUCACUUUUGCCUUGCAACAAACAAUGCACAUGGUUAAAACAGCCUUUUGGCCCAGCCUUGCCACCUUCUGCUGGGCCCGGCUCUCCUCUUUCAGCCAGUGGCAAUGGUACAGUCUCAAUUUUCAGGCAUUACAAACAACUGUUGAGAAAUGGUAAGAAAAGUCAAAAUUCUGGAAAGCCAGAAGAUUACAGAAAAUAUGGCCUGACUUUCCCCCUUCUGGAUUCAUCUUCAGGAAACCACAGGACAGGGAGAGGAACACUUAACUAGCUCUUUGGGCCUUACAAGAAGUGCAGAGUUACAAAGUGAGCGAUGGGGCACCUCUCUGCCGGCGGGGAGGGAAGCAGCAUCACUGGCCGUGGCAGGAGUGCCUUGCUGUCCAUUCUGUGCCCGCGUUGUGGCCACAGACAACUGAACUGUUUCUGUGCCUCAGCUCCUAGUGCAGAGAAUUGCUUUGGCCUCAAGUGAUACAGUCUGACUGUGUUGUGGCAUCUUUCCCCUGCCUGGAUUCUCGCUGCGUUUCCCUCUUGCUUCUCUCUCUGCUGCUGCCUUGCUCCUUCACUCCAAGGCAGAGACCAGCAAAUCUGGGUGGCUCCGUCCUCCCCCCAGGAGAAGCAUCGAGCCCUGUAGAAGGUCAGGGUUCCUGCAGGGAGGAUUGUAGAAGGGAAGGAGCAGAUGAGCAUCCUCAGGAAAAGGGGGGUGUGGUGGUUCGUGGCCUUUGCCCCCAGCGGCGGAGUGUGGGAAAUCAGUGCCUCUGCACCAGAGUUCCUGGCGGCCUUCGGCCUCGCACCGCGUUGCCUGCACGCGCUGCGCGGCUCUAGAGCCCGGGGACGAGCGUGCGCCGCUCCAUUGGCCUCUAGCAUUCAGCACAGAGGGGAUUCAGGGGCCUUCAGUGCUGUAACGCUUGGAGAGACAGCAGAAGUGUCUCGUUACUUUGUGGGUUUAUAUGUUUUUAUUUUUCUAGUAGUUAUUAUACAGUGGCACUUGUCUGGCUGCGCAUGCUGUGCGUGGCCGUGUACGCAGUGACAGAAAAAUUAGGUUCUUGAGGACAUCCUUUUAUCCCUUAUUGUAAGGAUUUGCCAGGUUGACAGCAACUCUGUAGUCUGACAACAGUCAAGGUAUUUCGCAUAAAGACUCAUCCCUCAAGAUUCUGGGGUUUCAUCCUCAGCAAAUCCAGGACCCCAUUGCCCUCCUGAAGAUUUUCCCGAGGAUUGUUCCGAUUCUCCCUCUCCGUUGCCGUUCGGCCGUGUGUCUCUUAGCCAGGCAGCUCCCAGGGUUCGCUCGUGAGGAGCGAACAGAAGCCCCACGUGUUUGAUUUGUCUAGCAAAUAUUCAGGCAGAAAUACUGUGGGGAGUGAGCAAGAAAAACGUUCAGCUUUGCAGUGAGAUUGCUCCUUCUUACCUGUCCCUUAGCAGUUGCUUCCGUGGCCGUAUUCCGUAUUUGUUUUAAGCGCAGCCCCCCCUUUCUGUGCUGAAUUCCUGGCGUGUUAAGCAGGUAAGCCUCGUAGAUGCAUUUCUGCAUGCGUUUGUGGAGGCAGCGUGUGCACGCGGGUGAGGAGAGGCCUGCGCGCCGAGAGCUGCCGGCCUCGGCCCCUGCUGGGGCCAGGGAUCCAAAGAUCCCACGCGUUCCUUAAUCCAAGCCAUAUCCGAGGAGGCCUGCGGGCCGUUAGCCAUCUGCCAGAGGGGAUGAUUUCUGCACAGACCGAUCUUCAUUUCUCUUACAGCCUGCCUUGGUGGUGUGUUCGCAUCCUUCUUUGUGUGCGUGCACGUUUUAUCAAAACAUUUGCAGCCAGUACAUUUCCAUCUGUCACCUCCUAAAGGCAGGAGGGAAGUUCUACCUUCUCUUAAGAGCUAGAAAGUGGAAUCUACAUUUAACCUGAGUGCCUUUGAAUCUGUGUUAAGGUUUCUAUCCAACAAAAGGGUCAUAGCUCCCUGUGUCUUCCCGGGAGGAAUGCAGGUGUCUGCUGCACAGAUCUCAUUUCUGGCCAGCGUCAGUGAGCAGCCAGAUUCGACUCCUGGCCCUGUUCCGAGUUGCUCAUCUGGCACCUGGGAGCUCUUGGUGGGAGAGAAACUUGAGAUAAACAGCGGGAGAGGAAAAUACCUGCUGCUGCUUUGCUGAAAGUCGGAGGCUCUCCCGCAGCCUCAGGUAAAGACCUGGCUGGAGAGGAGCUGGAGCUGCCCGCGCGUGCGGCCCUGGCCGCUCUCCCGGGGAAGCCUCGGCCUCCUGCUGCCCCCUCGGCCCUGGCAGCGCCCCCGCACAGCACUGGGGUCCAGGGUGGUGKUCCCCACCACGGCCCUGGGAUCGGCCUCAAUGACCCGGCCCAGCCAUGUCUUACUGUUAUUUACACAUGUGCAUACUAGCUAUGAGAUUGAGAAAAGGACUGUUUACACUUAAUAUUUUGUAUCUAAAGAUGUGCGUACUGUAAAAACUAAGAAAAAAAGGACAGGAUGAAAAAUGAUGUUUUUGUACAGGUGUCGGCAGUGACUGCAUGUUUGUUUCAUCGUCCACCAACAGUUGUUCCUCAGGGGUGUCCCCGCCAUUCCUGUGAUCCGCCAAAAGCAUAGGGAAGUAUCCGAAUCCCUGUACAGUCUUGGGAAGAAGGUUUUGUGCCUUAAAAAUGGGACCUGCUUCCCUCCUAUUUAUUGUGUUAAUUUAUACCGUGAUUACCAUGGAAACGUCUCUUGUAUUUUUUUGUACAUACUCUUCACAUCGGUUGUUGUAAAUACCGUUUUCUUGUAUAUAAAGUGGCCCGUGUUUCUGAGCU